AUAUGUAAAUCCUUGGGUGGCCAAAUUCGUUCUUACAUCUCAAAUCUUACUGUACUCUUUUCCCCCUCUUCAAGGAUUACUCACUCUCCUCUUCUUCAACGAUUAACUCAGGCAGAGUACCCUCUGGGUGGCACUAACGGUUAUUCUUUUUGUAGGUCAGCUCAGGGAGAGGGAGGGACGGUUGGAGUUAUCCAUUCGGCUAUUCAAAAUAACCACACCACAAUUAAUCUUAAAAUUCCCGAAAUUCUUGUCAAAACAAACAAACAAAUAUAAAGAAACAUAAGGAAAAUGAUUAUAAUUCCACUGUCCUUGUAUAUAAAAUGUAGGAGUAAUUAUUUAUUUAUUGAUUUAUUUUUGGUCUCACCCUAUCCUUUUUAAGCCCAUACCAACAUCAUAACGACCACAAAUACUCACCUCAUCUAGUUAGUUACCUUUCCCGCCGUAAACACCAAAAUGCUCCUCCUCUCCCUCCCCAACCACCCCAACCCUACAACAAUCUGCUCUCUCUCUCCUCCCACCAACACUCCACAGUCCCACCACCACCACUCUCUCUCUCCUCCGCAGCACCUCCUCCGGUUCCGUAUCUCCCACCGCGAAAACCUCCGCUACCUCCAAACCCUCAAAAUACUCAACCCCGAAACCAAGUCCCUAAUCUCCCCUCCCCCAGAAACCUUAACCCAGAUCCUGUCCACCGUAGAUCUCCUCAAAUCCAAGGGCUUCUCCGACCCCGACUUCCCCCGCCUCGCCUUCCUCUGCCCCGACCUCUUCUCCCCCUCCCGGCUCCCCCACUCCCAGAUCGAAUCCGUCUUCGCUUUCCUGGCCGCGGAUCUAUCCGCCUCGAUCGAAGAAUCCCACGGGCUAAUCCUCAAGUGCCCCCAGAUCCUGAAUUCCAACGUCGAAUUCUGCUUGAGACCGACGGUUUCGUAUCUCCGAGAACUUGGCCUGAAGAAGCUAAAUGCGCCGAGUUCUCUGAACGCGCACCUGCUGAACACGCGCAUCGACAAGCUCGAAGAGAGGGUUGGGUUUCUGAUGAGCGUAGGACUUACGCGGGACGAAUCGGCUACGGUUUGCGCACGAUUCCCGGCAAUUUUCGGGUAUAGCGUGGAGAAUAAUUUGAGGCCCAAGUUUGAGUAUUUGGUGAGGGAGAUGAAGAGGGAUGGGGUUGAAGAAGUGAAGGGGCUUCCCCAGUAUUUUGGGUAUAGCUUGGAGAAGAGGAUUGUGCCUAGGCAUUUGCAUUUGAAACGGAGGGACGUUGUGGUUCCUUUGAAGAAAAUGUUGUGGUGGGGUGAUGAGAAGUUUUAUGCUAAGUGGAAGUGAGAUUGGUAUUUGUAUAUUUCCUUUAAUUUUUCUACUUCCUUUUUGUUGGUCUA